GACGAUGACAAGUUGUUGUAGACGGUCAGAUGAUGGAGAGAAUGUAGUAAAAAAAAGUUCAAAUUCUGCCAGUAUAAAGUUGUUUUCGUCGUAUUAUGAUUUGAUUUAAACGUCCGGGAGUGGUCCGUUGCCGUUAUUAAGACGAUAUCAGUUAUGGCGGUGAACGAACCUCCGUACCUCACGGUUGGAACCGAUGUCAGUGCCAGAUAUAAAGGUGCCUUUUGUGAAGCAAAAGUAAAAAAAGUUAACCGCUCUGUUAAAUGCAAGGUAAUAUUUGCAAACAAUUUGGGCACUUUAGUCCUACCGGACGAUCAGAUACGAGGCACUCUUAGAGUAAAUAUGCACGUGGAAGCUAAGCAUCCAGAGAAAAAUCAAUAUGCUCCUGCAGUCAUAGCAAAAAUAUUUGAUUAUAGUCAGUAUACUGUGGUAUUUGAUGAUGGUGAUGAAACGACACUGAGGAGAACAUCGCUUUGCUUAAAAAGUGGGCGACAUUUUGCAGAAAGUGAGACUUUGGAUCAGUUGCCAUUAACAAAUCCAGAACAUUUUGGUAUUCCAGUAAUAGGAUCAAAAAAUAAAAGAAAAAGACGAUCAAUUGCAAGUUGUUCCUCAAUGGAUGGAGACAGUAGCAGUGAAGAACUUCAUUCUAAAAGGAAAAAAGAUUUAAAGAAAGAUUAUGAAACCGAUAUUGCUAAAGUUGUGUGCGUUGACAUGGGCGACAAAAGAAAGAAAGACAAUUGGUUUCCGGCUUUAAUAGUUUCUCCAACUUCUCAAGACAUCAAAAUCAAUUCUAAAGAUUAUUAUCUCGUGAGAUCCUUCAAAGAUGGCAAACAGUUAUUUGAUGAUGGUGAUGAAACGACACUGAGGAGAACAUCGCUUUGCUUAAAAAGUGGGCGACAUUUUGCAGAAAGUGAGUUUGUUUAUUGCACUUUUUCUUUAGCGGUUGAGAAGGCAAAUCUGUAUUUGAGCAAAGACGAAAUUCCGCCGCACUGGGAUUGGGACCUGAUGAUGGGUCGUGAUGAUGAGGACAAUGAUGACCAGGAUUCUGACAUUGAGACUUCUGACGACGAACCGAGUGAAGAAAAAGAUCGUUUCGUCGCACAGCUGUAUAAAUUCAUGGAUGAAAGAGGAACACCGAUUAACAGAGCACCAACAGUUAGUGGCAGGGAUCUUAAUUUAUAUAAACUUUUUAACAUUGUUCAGCAAAUGGGUGGAUAUAAUAGGGUGACAAAUCAGAAUAAAUGGCGGACCAUAUAUACUAAAAUGGGAUUAGUAAUGACUAAUCCUGCAUGCUCAAUUCAGAUUAAAAAAGCAUACAAAAGGUAUUUACACAGUUUUGAAGAUUUCAAUCGAAAACUCGGAUGCACGAUGGUAUCUAACACCAGGUCUGGACACACACGAUAUCGAUCUGACAGAAAUAUUAUUAUGACAAGGAAAAGAGAACAAAACUUACCUCUCAUUAGAUCAAGACUAUCUAGAGGUGCAAAAGUAAGUGUGUUUAUUAUCUAUAUAUACUAGC